CACAAAGGAAUAGGCCUAUUUUUAGUAUUUUUACGUUGUGGAAGUUAAUAAUCCCAAGAAUAAAGCCACAUUUUCAGCCAUAAAUUGAGGAAACUUGCCUUUCAAAAUUUAAAUUAUUCAAAAUCCAGGCUAAAUAAAGGAGACAGAAAUAUUAAACCGUGACUUAUUAAAGAAAGACAUACGAAAUGUUGUCAAAGAAGAACUAGAAAUAGUUCCACCACCACACUUAAUGCAGCACAUUUUCUAACCAAACUUCGAAUAAGUGACAUGGGUAGCUCCGAUCCAGAACUGCUUUCAACCCACGAAAAUUGCAUAGAAUACGGAACUAAUCUUAAAAUACUCGCGUCGAAUGAUCAAGUUAAAGAGCUUCAAACAAUUCUGCGGGACAGAAAUACAUCACGUAGUGACUUCAAGUUUUACGCAGACCGUUUAAUUAGACUCGUGAUUGAAGAAAGUCUAAACCAACUACCAUUCACAGACUGUAAAGUUAUAACUCCGACAGGUGCGACUUAUAAUGGUCUGAAGUACCAGUCAGGCAAUUGCGGUGUCUCUAUUGUAAGAUCAGGGGAGGCUAUGGAGCAGGGUUUAAGAGAUUGCUGUCGCAGUAUUCGUAUAGGGAAAAUUUUAGUCGAAUCGGAUGCAGAUACACACGAAGCAAAAGUUGUAUAUGCUAGGUUUCCGGAGAACAUUGCACAAAGACAAGUUUUACUGAUGUAUCCUAUAAUGUCAACUGGAAAUACUGUCGCUCAAGCAGUAAAUGUAUUGAAAGAACAUGGAGUUAAAGAAGAUUGCAUUAUUUUAAGUAAUCUAUUUUGUACACCACUUGCCGUUAAAACAGUGAUGGACUCAUUCCCUAAAAUGAAGAUUCUUACCUCAGAAUUGCAUCCAGUUGCCCCAAACCACUUCGGUCAGAAGUAUUUCGGUACUGAUUAGAUUUAUAAUCAACUUUUCUAUUUUUUUCGACGUUUGGUUUUUAAGUUUGAAUGAAAGAAAUGGAAACCAUAGACUGCCUGCAUUGAAGUAAUGUGUUCCACUCAUGAUGAACAUUUCGUAUCGAUAAGAAGAAUUCAUAUAUCGACGACUGCAGUAUGAAAAUUUGUUUUUCAAGUAAACUAUCAAUUGUUUUGUUGAGAUGGAAGCUUACAUGUAUAAUGUAAAUACUAAAUAUGAACUGUAUGCAUUACAAA